AUGCCAGCACAAAUUGCUUCGCCCGAGUCGCUGAUCAGCUCAGGCGUCGGUGGUACUGAGCGCCGACGAGGACCAAGAGCAUGCUACCGAUGCCGUAUAUCCAAGGCUCGGUGCGGUAGUGAAUGGCCAAGAUGUAGACGAUGCCAGCUGAAUGGCACUGAAUGCCAAUAUAUGCCCAGCAAACGGAAAAGGAGGAGGGAGACUCCGUUGUCUCUUGCUACAUGCGGCGAUGCUGGCGAGCCUCGUACAAGCGAUGAUCGAAGGCUUGAAGUGAAUAACCACAGAAUAGCAGAGCCGGCCCUGCUGGAAAACCCGUCUUACGAUCAGCAAUUCCUCGAGAGUCAUGUACAGGCUUUCUUCGAAUAUCUCUACCCCAUUCCUGCGUAUCGGUUCAUCCACAAGGGCCUCUUCCUGCGCAGCUUUUAUCAGAAUCAAGUAGAUCCGCUCCUUCUGCAGUGCGUAUGUGGAGUUGCUGCUCGUUUCAUUCGACCCAGACGACAUCAGCAGGACAAGGCCCUCGACUACGCCCAAAACUGGCUCAAGCAAGCGGAGGUGCAGACAUGGCAAAGAAUCGGAGAAAUGAAGAUCCAAACCUUGCAAACGAUGCUGCUGCUCAUCUGCUGGCACUCAAUCGAGCGCAACAUCUCAUCUGUCUGGAUUCUCUCGGGGGUUGUCGCCCGAAUAGCGUUUGGCAUGCGUCUAAACUACGAAGUGAAUAACAACAGGGACUCGUUAGUGGUACGGGAGAUUCGCCGUCGCGUAAUGUGGUCGAUCUUCAUACUCGACAAGUUUUAUGCAGGUGGUUUCUCGGACGUGACUCUGUGUCCGGUGGAGGCGAUGCAUAUUCAACUUCCCUGUCAGGAACGCUCGUUUGAGUUGGAGAUCCCCGUGGAAACAUGCUAUUUGAACAUAGAUACACUCGGUGUAGCACCUGAUUAUGAUCGAAAUACUGGAACUAUGGGGAAUGUGAUUCGCAUGGUGGCUAUUCGUCAUAGGAUUCUUCAACGAACAAAACAAAUUAUAUCCGCUAAAGAGAACCCUUACAACUCACGGACUGACUUUGAAGACAUUGAGAACAUCCUCGAAAAGUUCAUGUCCAAUCUCCCUAGCCACCUUCGUUAUACCCCCAACAACCUGAUUAUGCGCGCAUACACGCCCGAACUUACUGAAUUUGUAAUACUACACACUCUCUGGCACCUGGUCUAUUGCGAUCUGUUCCGAAUGAUGGUUCCUGGCAUCCGCGAGUCCGUUCCCCAAUCAAUCCAUGAACAGAUUCCCGGAGACUGGGCAGAUUCUUGCCGCCACAAAUGCCUCCAGCAUGCCGUCGCUGCAUGCGAGUUCUUGUCAGAUGUUCUCCAACACGCUGAUAUAGAGCGAGUCACAGAUCCAAUAGCGGCUAUAUGCGUAUAUCAAUGUGCAAACAUAAUUGCCAAUCUGUGGGAUCUGGACCGGAAUGUUACAGGCGGAGGAGUUUCAAGAAUACGGCAGUUGUUAUCGGGGAUGGAUUCCUUUUUGGACCAUUUGGCAUUGCUGUAUCCAAUUGUACCAGAUAUGCAAACUGAGAUAAGGAAUCUCAUUGCAGAUCUCGACACGGUCACUGAGCAAUAUUAUUCCCAAUCACAUGCGCACUCCUCUCAGACACUGACUGCUUUGUGGCGCGAGAAACUCCGAAGCCGAGGCGGCGACGUAGGGCAGACCACCUCAAAGUUCUCAUAUCUCGAAGCUUUAGAGAAACACAACUCUCCCCACAAAGCCGAUAGACCUGGUAACGUGGAUACAGAAGCCUCGACAGUCUCGGCUUCAACGGAUGUGACACCUGGAUCAGGAGAGAUAGCCUUGGAUUUGCUCGAGGGUAUGAUGGAUGGCCAGGAACACAAUAGUUUACCAGAAUUUUUCUUCCCCAUGUCCACGAAUAUCGACUUGGCGUGCUUUGAGACUAGAGUUGAUCCAUUUUAUAGGAUAGUAGAUGAUUGGUCACAAUAG